AUGUGUUGUAACUACUACGGCAACUCCUGUGGCUAUGGCUGUGGCUAUGGUUCUGGCUAUGGCUGUGGCUAUGGAUCUGGCUAUGGCUGUGGCUAUGGUUCUGGCUAUGGCUGUGGCUAUGGUUCUGGCUAUGGCUGUGGAUAUGGCUCUGGCUAUGGCUGUGGAUAUGGCUCUGGCUAUGGCUGUGGAUAUGGCUCUGGCUAUGGCUGUGGAUAUGGNGGCUAUGGCUGUGGAUAUGGCUCUGGCUAUGGCUGUGGAUAUGGCUCUGGCUAUGGCUGUGGAUAUGGCUCUGGCUAUGGCUGUGGAUAUGGCUCCUACUACAGAUCUGGCUGCUGUGGCUACGGACCAUCUUGCUACAGAAGAUGCUAUUCUUGCUGUUAG